UGAUAGGUUUUGCCUGUGAUGCUUAUGAAGGAGCUGUUCCUAUGUCAACUUGAUAACAAAAAUGCGUGUUGUGGACAAUAUCAGAGUGUUGAUCAACAACAACAAGUGACAAUCAAUGAAAAAACUCUGUUCCCAAAAUGUCAACACUGUGUCGAGCGCUUUUGAAAAAUAAAAAUCGGUGUCAAGUUCUAUUCUAUCGACCGAUUUUGACCAUUCAGACAAGUGAUAUUCCAUCGAAAUUGCAAUCUCAUCGAAAAUUCUCAAAUAACAGCGUACGAAAUUCAACAAAUUUGACCUUUUCCAAUGAUGCCUUCAAGAGACGCGACGAAUUCAGUUCAACAAUUUGUGUAUUAGCUUGUGGAAUCGGUGGCGCUAUUGCAUUUUAUUUAUAUAAGGACAAAGAGACGGUCUUAGCAUUGAAAGCCAUUGAAAAUGCAGAACUGCCACAAUACCAUAAAUCGGUUCGGAAAGACUUACCAACUUAUUCAAUGGCUGAAGUUGGCACACAUGCAUCAAGUGAAAAAGGGAUUUGGGUGACCUACGGCAUUGGUGUCUAUGAUAUCACCAAAUUCGUGCCUCAGCAUCCAGGCAGCGAUAAAAUUAUGAUUGGCGCUGGCAGCUCAAUUGAUCCAUUCUGGCACAUUUAUCAGCAACACAACACACCUGAGAUAUUGAAUUUGCUGGAAACGUUUCGCAUUGGUAAUUUAAAAGCAGAAGAUGAUUUCGGUACUAAAGAUCUAUCCGAUCCGUGGUCGAACGAGCCAAAACGACAUCCCUUAUUGAAGCCAGCAUCACUGAAACCAUUUAACGCGGAACCACCGCCAACGUUGCUCGUUGAACAUUUCAUUACACCAAACGAUUUUUUCUAUGUGCGAAAUCAUUUGCCCGUUCCUGAAAUUGACGCAGAUAGCUAUGAGCUGGAGAUAGGAGUCGAGGACACUGAUAAAGUCAAAACAAUGACAUUGAAAGAUAUUCAGUCUUUGCCGAAACAUCAUGUAACAGCGGCUAUCAUGUGCGGUGGAAAUAGGCGAUCAGAAAUGACAAAUGUCAAACCCGUUAAAGGUUUGUCAUGGGGGCCCGCUGCAGUGGGAAAUGCCCAAUGGUCAGGAGCACGACUAUGUGAUAUUCUUAAAGAAAUGGGAAUAGAAAGCGACGAAAAGCGUCAUGUUCAUUUUGAAGGUUUCGAUAUGGAUCCAACUUCGACGCACUAUGCAGCCUCUAUUCCUCUAUCGAAGGCCAUGGAUGAACGCGGCGAUGUAAUUUUGGCAUACGAAAUGAAUGGCGAGCCAUUACCAAGAGAUCACGGCUUCCCCGUACGAGUCAUUUGUCCGGGAAUCGUGGGCGCUAGAAAUGUGAAAUGGCUGGGGAGAAUUACAAUAUCAAAUGUUGAAUCUGAUUCGCACUGGCAGCAAAAUGACUACAAGGGUUUUAGUCCUUCAACCGAUUGGGACACAGUUGAUUUCUCCAAAUCACCCGCCAUCCAGAACAUGCCGGUUACUUCUGCAAUUUGUAAUCCAGAAAGUAACACAAGUGUAUCGAUCAAUAAAAAUGGAUGCAUCAAUGUAAAGGGGUAUGCUUGGUCAGGUGGUGGCAACAAAAUCGUACGAGUGGAUUUAACCGCAGAUGGUGGUAAAAGCUGGCAUGUGGCGAAACUGAUCCACGACACAGAUGCAAACGGAGAUCAAUCAAAUUUGAAUGGGCGGAACUGGGCGUGGGCAUUGUGGACGGCUGAGAUCCCUGUGCCAAAAGGAACGAAACAUGUUGAAGUCUGGUCCAAAGCCGUUGAUUCGAAUUACAAUGUUCAACCGGAAUCAUUCGAAAAUACUUGGAACUUAAGAGGGGUGCUAUCGAAUGCUUAUAGUCGCAUCAAAGUUAAUAUUGAAUGAACUGUAAUUAGAAUUUUAUCACAACAAAAAAUAUUUUUACGCCAUGGA